AUGGAACGCGAAACAAGUCUUGAAAAAAAACUUGAGUUUGAUCGUCAACAUAUUUGGCAUCCUUAUACUUCCUUAACAAAACCAUUGAAAUGUUACCAUGUGGAGUCUGCUGAAGGAGUCAAAAUCAAAUUUUCUGAUGGGAAUGAGGUGAUUGAUGGUAUGUCAUCCUGGUGGUGUGCAAUUCAUGGUUAUAAUCAUCCAGAGUUGAAUAAAGCUGCUCAUGAACAAAUAGAUCGAAUGUCACACGUUAUGUUUGGAGGAUUAACCCAUGAUCCAGCCAUUUUAUUAGUACAAAAACUACUUGGAUUAGUUGACAACAAGCUGGACUGCUGUUUUCUUGCUGAUUCAGGAUCUGUUUCAGUUGAAGUGUCAUUGAAAAUGGCCAUACAAUAUUGUCAUGCUACAGGUGAAUAUGAGAAAAAUAGAUUUUUGACUAUUAAGAAUGGAUAUCAUGGUGAUACAUUUGGAGCUAUGUCUGUCUGCGAUCCAAUAAACUCUAUGCACUCCCUUUACUCUGGUUAUAUGUCUGAUAAACAUAUAUUUGCAGAAUCACCAAAAUGUCGCUUUGAUGAUGAAUGGGAUGAAGAUGACGUGACAGAUUUCAAAGAAAAGCUUGAAGGUAAUCACAGUCAAAUUGCAGCUGUUAUUUUAGAGCCUAUAUUACAAGGUGCAGGCGGUAUGAGAAUGUAUCAUCCAAUGUUUUUGAGACGAGUAAGAGAACUUUGUGAUCAAUACAAUGUUUUACUAAUCUUGGAUGAAAUCGCUACAGGGUUUGGGCGAACUGGUAAAUUAUUCGCUUAUGAACAUGCUGAUAUAGUUCCUGAUAUUAUGCUUGUUGGGAAAGCUUUAACAGGUGGAUAUAUGACCCUUGCAGCUCUUUUAUGUCAAAGGUUUGUUGCUGAAACUAUAGGCCAAGAUCCGAAAACCGGUGGAUUGAUGAUGCAUGGUCCAACAUUCAUGGGUAAUCCAUUGGCUUGCUCUGUAGGAGUGAAAAGUUUAGAAAUUAUUGAAAAAGGUGACUGGCUUCAACAGAGUAAAAACAUUGAGGCUAGUUUGAAGAAUGGGCUGUAUGACUUGAGAAACUGCAUUAUUGUUGAGGAUGUCAGAGUUUUAGGUAGUGUUGGUGUUGUUGAACUGAAGAUUCCUGUCGAUAUGGCUUGGUUCCAAGAGGUAUUCACACAGAAACAUCAUGUUUGGAUCCGUCCUUUCAAUAAGCUGGUGUACAUUAUGCCGCCUUAUAUUAUAACUGAUGCUGAUUUGAAAAAGCUCAUGAAUGCUGUUUGUGAUACUGUUCGGUUGUAUAGUACAAGAGUUAUGGAAUAA